AUGGCUGGAGCUUUGAUCGGAGAGGCCUUUAUUUCUGCUUCCAUCCAGGUGAUUUGUGACAGAAUUACUUCACCCGACUUCAUCGACUUAUUUCGGCACAAGAAACUCGAUCAAACUCUCAUCAUGAAACUGAAGAGGACCCUGUUGACCUUGAACGCAGUGCUUGAUGAUGCUGAGGAGAAGCAAAUUGAGAAACCAGCUGUGAGAGAGUGGCUUGAAGACCUCAAACAUGCAGUCUUUGAUGCUGAGGACUUGCUGGAUGAGAUCAACUAUGAAGCUUUGCGAUGCAAGCUAGAAGGUGAAGCUCAAACAGCGGACAAAUUAACCAACAAGGUUCGGAACCUCCUCUCUACUUCUCGUAAUAAGUUUUAUCAAAGCAUGAAUGCUAAGAUACAAGAGUUGUUGCAAAGAUUAGAAGAUUUUGUACAACUGAAAGGUGCUCUUGGUCUGAGAGAAGAUGUUGGGAGAAAGGAAAAUGUGUCUGUCAUCCCCAUUGUUGGAAUGGGUGGGGUUGGCAAGACAACCCUUGCUCGAAUGCUUUACAAUGACAAUAAGGUGAAAGAGCAUUUUACCCUUAAGGCUUGGGCUUGUGUUUCAGAAGAUUAUGAUGCUAUCAGGGUAACUAAAACUCUUCUCGAGUCAGUGACUUCAAAACCUUGUAAAAAGACAGAUCUGAAUUUGCUUCAAGUUGAGCUAAGUGAAGAACUGAGGGGGAAGAAAUUUUUGUUUGUAUUGGAUGACCUUUGGAAUGAGAAAUAUACUGAUUGGAACUACCUCCAAUCUCCUUUUACUUCAGGGGCAAGGGGAAAAAUUGGCAAGAAAAUUGCACGCAAGUGCAAUGGGUUGCCUUUAGCUGCACAAACACUUGGUGGUGUGUUACGUUCGAAGCCAGACUCUGAGGUAUGGAACAGAGUACUAAACAGCAGCAUUUGGGAGAACAGUGACAUUCUUCCCGCUCUAGGAUUGAGUUAUUAUUAUCUUCCAGCUAAGUUAAAGCGAUGCUUUGUUUAUUGUUCAAUUUUCCCAAAAGACUAUGAAUUCAAGGUAGAAGAUGUCGUUUUUCUUUGGAUGGCGGAAGGUUUAAUUCCGCAAGCGGAGAACAUGGAAGAAGUGGCUAAGGAAUAUUUUGAUGAACUGUUAUCCCGAUCAUUGUUUCAAACGUCAGGGAAAUCAAGUUUCGUCAUGCAUGAUCUCAUCAAUGACUUCGCGGUGUUCUUGUCUAAAGGAUUUUGCUGCAGUUAUGUAAGUAAAAAGGUUCUGCAUAAUUUGUUGGCAUCACUAACAUGUUUACGGGUGUUGUCGUUGUCCUGCUAUGCGAAUGUCACUGAGUUACCUGAUUCCAUUAAAAAGCUCAUUCACUUGCGCUAUUUGGAUCUCUCCAAUACUGCAAUUGAAACGUUACCCAGUCUACGAAAUGUAGUUGAUGCUAGGGAUGCCUUGCAAGCAAAUUUGAAGGAUAAGAAAGAUCUCAAAGAGUUAGAGUUGGGAUGGGGGUUGGGAUGGGAGUCGGGAUGGGGUUAUGAGGAUGCGGAUGAUUCCCAAAAGGAGAAAGAUGUACUCCAGCCUUGGGUGAAUCUGGAGAAACUAACCAUCAGUGGGUAUGGUGGAAAAGAUUUCCCGAAUUGGCUAGGCGGCUCAUCCUUGUCCAACAUACAAGUCAUGCAUAUUAGUGCUUGUAGUAAUUGUUCGUCGCUGCCACCGGUUGGGCGGCUACCUACCCUCAAAGAGCUCUAUAUAGUAAGAAUGAAACUUGUUAAGGCGAUUGGUGUUGAGUUUUAUGGCAGCACUGGAUCUUCCGUAAUUCAGCCAUUUAAAUCACUGGAGAAGCUGGAGUUUAGUUGGAUGGAAGAGUGGGAGGAAUGGGUACCAAGUGGAAGUGGAGGUGCAGACUUUCCUUGUCUCCAGGAGCUCAUACUAUGCGAGUGUCCGAAGCUGAGAGGAAGCUUGCCUUGUGAUCUGCCUCGAUUGAAGAAGCUUUGUGUGGAAGGGUGUGGGGUUUUACAUGAUCAAAGGGCCACUACUGCUACUAGUGUUAAAAUGGAUUAUAAAUCUCUUGAAGAAUUGGGAAUAGGAGGAGGAUUAUUUGAACAAAUACUUGGCGGUGCGUUAUCAUUACUAGAGACAAAGCUCCUGUCCGAACUUGAGAUUAGGAGUUUAAAUGACAUACAGUGCUUGCCCAACAUCAAUCGUCUUCAAAGUUUGAGACUACAUAAUUGUCCAAUCCUGUCGUCGUUCCCUGAAGAUGGGGUACCCACUAUGUUGACAUAUCUUUGGAUAAGCUCUUGUGGGAGAUUAGAAUUACCUCAUGAGAUGUUGGCCAAAUUAACAUCGCUCGGGCAUUUGGCGAUAGACAGUAGCUGUGAUUCAAUGAGGUCCUUCCCGUUGGGCAUUUUUCCCAAAUUGACGUCGCUUUUCCUUCGGGAUUGUAAGAAUCUGGAAUCCCUUUCCUUGAUUGAAGAAGGAGUUGAUGAGAAUCUCAGUCGUCUCAUUAUCGAAGACUGUCCAAAUCUGGUGCGUUUUCCCCAGGGAGGAUUGCCCACUCCCAACUUGACUCAAUUGGAUAUUGAGGGAUGCGACAAGUUGAAGUCAUUACCUGAACGAAUUCACACCCUCACAGCCCUUCGAUAUUUGGAAAUAAAGAAUCUUCCAAAUCUGGAGUCAAUUGCAGAAGAUGGGGGUUUGCCUCCCAACCUCCGACAUUUUAGCAUUAAGAAUUGUGAGAGACUGAGGGCUCCAUCUUCAUCAGUGGGAGACUACUGUAAUUGGGGUUUGCAAUCCCUUGAAAGAUUUAAAAUUGAUGGCAGGGGAAGUGACGAAAUCUUGGAGACGUUGCUCAAGCAACAGCUGCUCCCUACCACUCUUCAACGCCUCGAGAUCAGUGACCUUUCAAGUCUGAAAUCUUUGGACGCAAAGGGAAUUAAACACCUCACUUCUCUUUCUUUUCUGAGCAUCUCUUAUUGUUCUGCCCUGGAAAAAAGGUAUAAGAAGAAGACAGGAAAAGCUUGGGCCGACAUAUCUCACAUUCCAUGCAUCAAGAUAGGCGAAGAAGUGAUCAUAUGA